UUGCGUGGUGGAGUCGAGGUGCAGAAAUCUAACGAAAAUUAUACUGUAUUAAAGAGCGCAUUUAAGAGUACUUUGAUGAAACCUCGAGAGGACUAUGUCGACAUCUUUUUUCGACAUCUGGAACAGUGUGCGAUUGAAUGGACACCGCGAGAUUUCUAUGCUCCAUACACAUCGCUCGUACAAGCUAGCGGCACUGGCAAGUCAAGACUAUUACGAGAAUUGGCAGUUGAAAAAGACGUCUUGGUGGUGUAUAUUUGUUUGCGUGAUUCAAUAUCAAGGGGCUACCCAAAGCGCUCCAUCAUUGCUGAUGUAAUCACUGGAGAGGGUUUAUUAGAAUAUCACUAUCUUACCUUCUUAUCGGCUUUGUUUGGUGUGUGUUCAGAAUUCUUGGAUCAACAACUUCGCGAAAAUGCGGUAAAGACAUGCGGCCAUGUGUUUGACAUUCUUAUCAGUGACAAAAAUGAUGAAACGUUCGGCCUGCAAAACCGUUUUUGGAAUGAGGUGAUGGAGCAGAUGAAAUCGCAAGAGGCCUCGACUGAUGUUGUAAAAAAGAUGGCAGAUCGCUAUAAAGACCUUACAGUUACUUUGAACAAAUUGAGCAACCCCUCUCCAUUUAAGAUGUUGUUAGCCUUUGACGAAGCUGGUGCAUUGAUUGACAGCAACAACACUUCUAAUAACAAGGGUAAUUUCUAUCACUUACGGAAGGCACUACAGGCUAUUCCACAUGAAAGUGAUUGCUGUUCUAUGGCACUUUUCACAGACACUCUCUCAAAAGUUUCAAAUUUCUCUCCUGCCAAACGCCACGACUCAUCCAGCAGAGUCAGCCACCAAGGACGAAGACUGUAUAAACCAUUUUACCUUCUUGAUGUAUUUGACUGCCGCAUGCAACAACCAGUAGAUAUUACAGUUUCAUCAUCAAUAAAUCAAAUUCGCAAUAUGGGACGGCCUCUUUGGGCAGACAUUGGUGGAGCAACUGUCAUAGAAUUUGCCAUGGAGAAACUUCUUUGUGACGAGGAGAAAGCUGAGCACAUAUAUGUGAAUAGAGUCGGUCCUAUAAGCAUUAAUACGAUGACAGAAGCACUAGCAAUUCUUGGCCCACGACUUUAUUUGGAAAUUUCAAGUCUUUCACAGCAAGCCACCAAGUUGGUUAGUAGUCAUAUGAGGAUUUUACGUCAUGUUGAUGAGGAGCGGGAAUCGCUUAUCACUACAUCUCCAAGUGAACCCAUAUUAGCCGAGGCUGCGAGUCAUAUCAUGAAUUAUCCUGGAAUAUUUAAGCAAGUUUUGGAUCACCUAGCUACCUCAAUCAGAAGUCAUGUUGUUGUAAAUGCAGGUGAUCAAGGUGAGCUUGUGGGGAGAAUCUUGUGUCUGCUGGCAGUUGACAAGGCAAUUCAAUCAAAAUAUAAAUGCUGGAACAUGUACUUUCAGCCUAUCACUGUGCAAGAAUUUCUUGAUGCACUGGUUGGUUCACAGGCCUUUGAAAAGCUCAAGUCA